AUGGUACUAAAUGUUAUUACUUACUACUGCGUUUUGGCUUCAAGAUUCCUUAUUUUCCUCUCCUCUGCCUUUCGCUUUCUCUCUGCAUCUGCCUCUGAUCUCAACGCAGAUGCCAGUUCUUCUGAGAGUGAUUUUUCUGGACACUGCGUUUUAGCUUCUCUGGAGAGGCGAAUUCUCCUGGAAUGGGACACUUUCAGCUAUUCCUAUUUAUUUUCCCUUCACCAGACUCAAACACAACCUUACCUGCUUCCGCGGCUAUCGGCAUCAGUCUUUUUUAUUUUGGACUUUAUUUGUUCUUCUUUGCUCUUCUCCUUGCUUGGUUCGGUAGAUUUUUUCUCUUCGAGACUCUUCUUAUUGGCGAUCACUUUUUCUGCACUCUUUCUUGGACCAUUCUCAUCUUUGCCCUUUUUGUCAUCUUUGAGACUCAUCUUCUAA